AUGAGUUUGAACGAAGAAGAAGAGGAGGAAGAUAUGAUAUGUGAUUUGCCAUCAGAUCGCCAAAUCGCCCAUCCAGGAGCGUCGCAAAAGCCAAAUUUGUUGAAGCAAGCAUUAAAGCGCGGUCUUCCUCCGCAUCCUGUAAGUUCAACCAGUAAAGGCCUGCCAAAACGCGACUUUGCGCCAAUCGAAUGGUCUGAAUUUUUCGACGAAAAACGAGAAAUUAAUAUUGGAGAAGAUAUAUUCAAUGUGUAUUUAAAAGGAAAAACGGGUCCCAUUUUUUAUUUUCUUCAUGGAGGAGGAUAUUCGGGAUUAACAUGGGCGUGUUUGACGAAAGAAUUGACGCAUUUGGUCGAUUGUCGCAUUUUGGCGCCCGAUUUGAGGGGUCAUGGUGAUUCAAAAUGCGCUGAUGAGCAUGAUCUCUCUACGGCCACACAAGUCAGGGAUAUCGCUAAUAUCUAUAAGGCAUUUUUUGGAGAAAACGAUCAUCAGGAUGUCUGUGUUGUCGGUCAUAGCAUGGGUGGCGCAUUAGCAAUUCAUGCAGUUUCUGGAAAAGCAAUUCCAGCCAACAUUGUGGGUUUAGUUGUGAUCGACGUAGUCGAGGGAUCUGCUAUGGAAGCGCUUGGUGGAAUGGUUCAUUUCCUCCAUUCAAGACCAUCUUCCUUCGAAUCUGUUGAAAAGGCAAUCAAAUGGUGUUUGAGCUCAGGAACUGUGCGAAAUGCAAAAUCAGCACGGGUUUCUAUGCCUUCCCAAAUUCGUGCGGUAUCAGAAAAUGAAUAUGCAUGGAGAAUUGAGCUAGCCGACACAGAACCAUAUUGGAAAGGAUGGUUUGAAGGUCUUUCGGCGAAAUUUCUGAUGUGCACCGCCCCAAAGUUGCUAGCAUUGGCAGGAGUUGAUCGGUUGGAUAGAGAGCUGACAAUUGGUCAAAUGCAGGGCAAAUUUCAGACAUGUGUUCUUCCGAAAGUCGGACAUUGUGUUCACGAGGACAGCCCGGAUCGGCUUGCUGACGAAUUGGCACGUUUCGCGACGAGAUAUCGAUUCGCGCGUGCGACUCCGGCAUUUUUGACGGCUUCGCCGACUCAUCGACCGCCGAUACCUGGCGGAUUUGUCCUCUAA